AUGUCUCCGCCUACGAGUCAGAGCUGGCAAAACAUGAUUGCUCGGUCUUGUCUCAAGACUUGUCUCGGCGAUCUUGAGUCAUUAACUGACGUAUCUUCUGGAAGCCAGAACUCAUUGAAAGUCAACAAUCCGCGGUGUAACAUCAUGCGGAGUGUAAGCCAAGAGGGUGUUGAUAGGCGAAGUGUCCGCAUCGUUCCAACGAAAAAGCCGCCGAGUGCGGCCCGAGUAUUGAGGCGAUCGGCCAUUUUUCGAGCAUGUGUCCGCAGUAACGCCGUGGGGAAACCGUUCCUGAAAGCAAGGUUCUUUUGCUCCUCCCAACAGCACAGCAAUCGGCCGAAAGCGAUUCACCAGCAACACAUGCUUCGGAAAUAA